UUGCCAUACGGCUUUAGUGUGCGUUGAACUGUCGUGAGGGACGCGAGUGCAGUGAUUCUUGGUGACUCGUAUCCAAGCGUUUCUCCAUUCUUAACUAAUUUACUUAAAUGAAAGUGUGUUUAUUUAUUUUCUGGAUUAUAACGGAAGGCCAAUAGAGAAUUUCACGCAUAGGCAAAGUGUGAUAUGAGGUGUCUUGGCGUAAGUGGAGCUUCGCGGGCGUCGCUGUCGUUGUCGUUGUUGUCGCGGGAGGAGAUCGCGUAGCUGCGGCGAGAAAGUGGAGUCGAGGUGGAGGAGGGAGGUGUUGUGGUAGGCGGCGCCUGGCAGGAUGGACCACAGCGUGAAGGCCAUGACACCGCACCGUAAGGUGGCCUUUUCCCGGCUCUGCCACCGACACCGCUUCGAGAAUGACGAGCUGGAGAACCUCUACCGCCGCUACACCCUGAAGCUGCAGCAGGCCAGCGUGGCCGCCGCCACCGCUCUCCUGCUGGCGCUGUCGCUGCUCCUGGCCGCCCUGCACGUCUCCUACGUCAAGGAGGCCGCCCCGGCUCCCAUCACCCUCCUAGGGCUGUCCAUCAUCCUGGCCGCCCUCCUCGUCAUCCUUCACUCGAGGAUCAUGCGCCACUCCUACCUGCUGCCCACCUGCUACCUCCUGCUGGCACUCGGGGCCGUGGUGGUGACGUUGGCGCUUCCGCUGCCCACGACCUGGGGGUGGAAAGGUUGGCAGACGAUACCCACGGCCGGGCAGGGCGUGUGGCACGCGACGUUCAUGGCGUUCCUCGUUUACGCCCUGACCCCGGUGUCGACGCCGCUGGCGCUGGCGUACGGGGUCCUGCUCCCGGCAGGACAGGCGGCGUUGGCUGCUACGCUGGCCACCACCUUCACUCACCUCCAGUGGCAACAGUUCGUUGCGAAUGGUGUUGUGGCAGUGGCAGUCAACAUGGCAGGUGUUUGGCUCCAACAGAUGAUGGAGGCCGCACAGAGGAAGGCCUUCCUCGACACCCGAAACUGUAUUGCCGCCAGGCUUCAGAUGGAGGACGAAAAUGACAAACUGGAACGACUAUUGCUGUCUGUGUUGCCACAGCACGUAGCCAUGGAAAUGAAAGCAGACAUUAUCAAACCAGUUGAGGGCCAAUUUCAUAAAAUCUACAUACAGCGUCAUGAAAAUGUCAGCAUGGUGUUUGCUGACAUCGUAGGGUUCACAGUGUUAGCAUCUCAGUGCACAGCUCAGGAGUUAGUUCGUCUUCUAAAUGAACUUUUUGGUCGAUUUGAUCAGUUAGCUGAUGACAACCACUGUCUUCGGAUAAAAAUUCUUGGAGAUUGUUACUACUGUGUUUCUGGUCUUCCUGAACCUCGCAGUGACCAUGCAAGGUGUGCUGUAGAAAUGGGACUAGAUAUGAUCGAUGCAAUUGCGGGUCGCUCCUGUUGUGGGGGAGAGGAUUCCCAGAUCCUUUCUGGCUAUCCCACCAAGACAGAAUCUGUUGUAGAUGCAACUGAUGUUCAACUCAAUAUGAGAGUUGGGAUUCAUACUGGACGAGUUUUGUGCGGUGUAUUGGGAUUACGAAAGUGGCAGUAUGAUGUUUGGUCUAAUGAUGUCACCUUAGCAAACAUGAUGGAAGCUGGAGGAGAGCCUGGGCGAGUUCAUAUAACUCAAGCAACACUUGACUGCUUAGGGAGAGAAUAUGAAGUUGAAUUAACCGAUGGGCAGAGCCGUUCUCAAUAUUUGCGUGAACAUAAUGUUACAUCAUAUUUCAUUAUUCCACCACCACGUAGAAGAAAGCCCUUGCUAUUCAACACUCUUCAGGUCCGAUCUGCCCUAGGCUCAUCUCAUCGUAGAAAACUUUCCUUCAAGAAUGUCAGUAAUGUGGUGGUUCAGCUUCUUCAUUCAAUCAAGUACUCCAUGGAGGUGCCAUUUUCCAAUAUGGCUAUUCCCCCUCAAGACAAGUCAACAUCUAUUACUAAAAAGAGGAAUAUAUUCUUUCACGAAUACUACGAAAUAGAGCGAAGUUGCCCACAAUCUAGUCUUCUGUCUGAGAAGUUUAAACGGCCAUUCAAGAAAAGACUUUCUUCUCUUCCUCAUACACCUUCAAAUCGGGUUAACAAAUACCUCGCUCAAGCAAUAGAAGCUAGAUCUGUAGACAGGGAGAAAUCCACUCAUGUAUCACUCUCAACAUUAUGUUUUAGAGAUGGAGAAAAAGAGAAAAAUUAUCAUGAAGAAGUGGACAUGGGAUUUGGGAACUCCUUGCUUUGUUCCUUGUUUUUACUGUUGUUUGUGGCAUCAGUGCAGGCACUGGUGUUACCACGUACACUGCUCUUCCUCUUCUUGUUUUUGGCAGCAUUUGUGACAAUAUCUGUUAUGCUUAUAGUUCUCCUGGCAGCCAGGCUUAAAGUAACUACAUGGGACCCAGCAAGAAGAUUCGUUCUUCGGCUGAUUCUGACUAUUGUGGCAAUAACAGUUAUAUAUGUUAUGGCACAAGUUAACUCGUUUACGUGUGAAUUACCUCAAGUUCCAUGUGUUACCAACGUCACGGACUUGACUCCUACCCGUGUAGGACCACAAGAAUUUGUCCGUAAUCUUUGGUGUCCACUUCCAGAAUACAUUCCCCUUUCUUGCAUUGUGGGUUUUAUGGCAGUGGCAGUUUUUCUUCGUCUCCCUGUGUUGGUCAAGAUGCUUCUUUUAGUGUCAAUGGCUACUGUGUAUUCAUUGCUUAUUUUUAUAACCCAUCUUAGCCUUUUCACUUGUUAUGACAUACGAGUUGGGGCACUGGUUCCAACUGAAGUUUUGGGAGUAGUGUAUAUAAUUCUGUUUUUGUUAGCUGUUAUAGCACAUGGCCGCCAAGUUGAAUGGACAGCUCGUCUUGAUUUUUUGUGGCAGUGUCAGGCCUCGGAGGAAAAGAUGGAGAUGGAUGCCUUGCAGGAGAGCAAUCGCCGUAUUUUAUUCAAUCUGUUACCAGCUCAUGUAGCCACUCAUUUUUUGGAUAACCAGUUCAGAAACAACAUGGGCAUCAAAGGGAGCAGGUAUGAGGAAUACAGUCUUUUAUUGCAAAGGCAGAUCGUCCUGAAAGCUUAUGAUAGUUUGUCAGAAGGAGAAGCACAGCAGGAUCUUUACCACCAAAGUUACAGCCGUGUUGGUGUAAUGUUUGCCUCUGUUCCAAAUUUUCACGAAUUUUAUACAGAAUUAGCUGUAAAUAACCAGGGUACUGAAUGCUUACGCCUACUUAAUGAAAUUAUUGCCGAUUUUGAUGAGUUACUGGAUGAUGAGAGAUUCAAGGCAGUGGAUAAGAUCAAGACAGUGGGUUCUACUUUUAUGGCUGCUGUUGGUCUUAUGCCUGACAUGAGGAUCCUUGAUCACAGUGAAGAAUCAGCAAUUUAUUACAUGACAAUGCUCACAGAGUUGGUAUUUGCAUUCAGGGAAAAAUUAGCAAACAUCAACGAGAACUCUUAUAAUAGUUUUACAUUAAGAGUUGGUAUGAACAUUGGACCAGUUGUAGCUGGUGUCAUUGGUGCUAGGAAGCCUCAGUACGAUAUAUGGGGCAACACUGUCAAUGUUGCAAGUCGUAUGGAUUCAACAGGCCUCCCAAAUCACACUCAGGUAACAGAAGAAGUUUAUCAGGUAUUGCGCAAAGGAUCGUAUCAGUUUCAAUGUCGGGGGAAAGUCAAAGUAAAAGGAAAGGGAGAGAUGACAACCUACUUCCUGACAGACCGAAAAGAACCAACUACUAUGAAGGCUGAAGACAGUAACAGACCACCUAAGGUACCACCUCAUCUGCAAAGUUAUGCCCCGGAUCAUGGGUGUGGUUGGCCUAUGUGGGCAGCGUACUGUGUGGUGGGGCGGUGUGGCGGGACACUGCACCCCCCUCAUGCUUCCUUGCACCCACACCACCGCCACUACCACACCCACAAUGGAGGUUUGUUUGGAGGAGUAGCAACACCUCUUACAAUGGUUCCCCCUCAGAUACCUCCUCACGGCCGCAGUCUUUCUCAAGGAUUGACAGGGCAUGGUGGGCACGGUCAGUCUGGGGGAACUCCAAGGUCAAGAAGAAAUAGAGACUCCUUCUCUGAUGAUCUUCUUAUCAUAAAUUCAGAUGUUAACCAGUGUCGACCAAAAAUAGUUGGGCGCCAACAAGGACGAGAAGCUCAAAGAUGUGAAGAGGAACCUCUACUAUCCAGAGCACCUCCAGUUCCUUUAAAUGCCCAUGUAUUACCACCUAGAUAUUCAGUUGCUCAGAUGCGUGCUAGCAAUAAAUCUCAAACACCAACACGUGCUGCAAUGCAGCAAAUGAAAAUUCAAAACUAUGAUACAAAUCCUAAAACAUACUCACAAUCCCGUCCUCGCACUUACCGCCCAGAUGAAUAUAAUUUGCCUCAAAAUUCUUAUGUUCCAAACUGGAGUCGGUCUCAGAGUGGUGGACAUGGUGUCCGACAUUGUAGCAGUGUAGGAAGAAAGAUAGCAGGGCACAGUCAUACAUCUCCAAGGAAAGAAAGUGAUGACAUUCAUUCACGAUCUGCUGACAUUGGAAAAGGUGCUCUUAGUGGUGGACUUGUUCUGCCACCAAUGCCACGCCAUCAUCAUGUCGAGGAAGCAGGUGUGCGGCAUAAAUUGCGGUCGUUUGCUAGACAUUACAGUGAUGACAGUUUACAUGGUUCAUCUCACAGAGAUCUUCAGUCAACCCGCAUUCACUCCUCAGCAGAUGAAAUUAGCUCUCUUAAUCGUUCACCCAGUCUCAGUUCAUCUGAUGAGAGCUUUUCACGUACUGACUUUUCCAGAACAGAUGCAGAUUCUCCUUCUCCUCAGCGUGCUCCUUCUCUCAGUGAUGAACGUUUUAAAUAUAUGUUUAGUGGCAUGAAUCUGGAAGGGGCAAUGGCACCUAGUUUUAGAGAACUGUCCCCUCAGAUUUAUUCCGAUUACUUAUCUAGUGUUAAAGCUUCGAGUGAUGAAAGUUCGUUACGUUUGAACAGUCUGUCUCAUGAUUCAACAACUUAUUCUUAUCCUAAUGUACCUGGACUGUGGAGGGAAACUGACAUAGCAAGCCCUUCUCUUGAUGAUAAAAUGCGAAGAGAUGAUUUAGUGAUUCCUAAAUUGACAGCUGAAUUUUCAAGUGACAAAAUAAAACGUAAUAAACACAGUGAUAAAGGUGAUGUGGAAGUUCCGUCCCAUACUGAUAAUUGUGUGAGUCACAGUGCCUCUCCUUCUAGUGAAAAAAUAAGGCCAGGAUGCAGGUUGAGUUAUGUUGACUGUGAUUUAAAUUCUCCCUCUAGAACUAGUGCAUCGGGUAGCACAAGUCGUAUGAGAAGUUUAGAGAAAAGUCCUCGAGAAAGUACUGCUUUGACACCAGACAGUGUUGUAAUGAUGUCAAAGAAACGUUCUCUGUCAAGGGAAGAGGCUGCAAAAAUGAGUAAUCAUAUGCCAAUCGAUCUGGAUUCCUGUAGAAAGAGAAGUACAGAACGUCAAAAGCGGGAUGGAGAAUGUCAAACAGACCCUAGAACUCACCAUCACCAUCACCACCACCACCAUCACCAUCAUAAGAAUAUUGCUGGAGUUGCUAACAAGAGUGAGAAGAAAAUUGAGAAAUCAGCAACUUUUGAGGGCAUCCCUGAAGAUUUAAAGUCGGCAGCAUGUGAUAACAACGAAGGAAGGUACUGUAGCCCCAAUCAAAAUAUAGAGUAUGAAAUUAAAGGGGAGACAGAGCAUCAGCUCAGUUCUGAUGUCAGCAACAAUAAUUCAAGAAACUGUAAUAUAAAAGAGAGUCAUGAAACUAGCACACUAGAAGGUUACUCUGCUCUCCAAAAAGCAGCUAGACUCCAGGAGGAUGAGCUGAAUAAUGUGCUUGUCUCCCCUGAUCAGUUUAGAUUGGAUCAUUAUACUGUAAACUCACCUUCCCUUAAUCCACUUACAACAGAACAGCAGCAGAUUGACCCAGUAAUGCUUGGCCUUCAUUUUGACCCAUGCGUUAACCAAACUGUUCUACAGCUUACCUCAGCUUCCAUAGAGGGGAAUGUAAAGUAUCAACACUUAAUCAAUCCUGAAUCAGCCAAAAGACCUCUAGUUGAAUCAGAGCUUCUAAAACACCAAGCCAGUGCCUCAUGGGGGCGUGUAGGUAGUAUAUACCCCCCGGAAAUUUUGGUCCCACAGAAAGUUACGCCACUUCAGAAUAUGCAGAGAUACAAUUCAGGCUCCAGAAUUCCUGCAGCUUGUGCGCACAGUGAAUAUGAGAAUAUGGAAUCAGAUGUUGUGGAGGCAUCAACAGAUGACGAAGGGUUAAAUGAUCGUAAGAAAGAAAAAUCAAGCGCUAAUAAAUUACCAGAAGUUGAAAUUAAUGUGGAAAGUCAGAAUGAUCCUCAGAACAUCCAAAGUUGUGAUGAUGAUGAUGUUAGAUCUUUUGAGGAAGAGGAGCGAAGGAUGGCCCAAGAAGGUGAUAGUGGGCAACUUAAAGAUAGCAACACUUCAAAUUUAGCAAUACCAGUUGGUGGUGAUGGAGGUGAAACAAGUCAGUCAGAAUGGAGUGAAGACGAUGAUGGGGCUGCUUCUGAACCUUUACUAGACCAGGAAAGUACUGGUUAUACAACUGAUGAUCCUGCCCUGGAGCAAGUAUCGAUGAUGAAUGAUGCUGGUCUCACAGAUGCUGAAGGUGCUUUGAGUGAUGUUAACUCCAUAUACAAUGACCCUCACCAGUACGAUGGUGAUAUGGAUGACACAAGUAUGUCUUCGCGUGCUUCUUCUAGAAUUUUUGAAUCAGAUGCUAUUAUAUCAUUUGAUCAGAUUAAUGCCUAUUAUGAAUCAGAAUAUGAUAAUUACAGACCUAGUGCAAUGGCAUCAGAUGGAUUUGACACAGAACCUCUUUCUGAUGUUGAUCUUGAUGGUAUUGAAGGCAUGAAUCUGCAAAAUAUUAGAUCAAUGUCAGAAAGCAUAACUAGAAACUUUGGUCAGCCUAGAAGUGAAACGGAUGUUGAUAGUGAUGUAUGAUAUUGGGUAAAGUCCUUAGUGGAAGACUACUGCAUUGAAACUACUGUAUAGACAAAAAUACAACUCGGUACUAUGUGAAGAAAUGGAAGUAUUUUUACUAUGGCAACUAACUCCCCCUCAUAUAUCUGUGGCACAGCCGCAAUAUCUCAAGUUUCAUUCACGUGGUAUUGUUCAAGAAAAGCACAAUACAUUUUGUAAAUAUUGUACUGUAUAUAAAUAUAUAUAUAAUAUAUAUAUAUAUAUAUCACUUGAAGAAGUGAUUUUAUGAAAAUUUGUUUGAACAAUGGCUUUUCAGUCGUUAACAUUUGUGAUAAUAGUAAAGUUGAAAUGCAAAGAUUAAGGAUUAUAUUAUUCAAUGAGCCUGAGGAUUGUAUUGUAUGUUGGAUGUUUCAAGUUACAUUAGUGUGCCAGCAAUGGCUUAAGGUUGUUAGAAUAUAUGUUUAAAUUGUGAACACAUAUAAAUGUCUUGAGUGUGUAUAAGUCUCAGUUUAGAGAAAGAUUAUAGAAAUUUAUUGUUACUUGUAACUUGAAUUAUAUAAAGUUUGUUAUAGAUUGGAAAAAAGAGCAAUAUAUUAAAAGGUAAUCAAUUGCUUAAUAAUGCACACAUUCAACUCAAAACAUUUUUUCAUUAUCUUGUUGAUGGGGAUCUUUCAAAGUCUUUGUUGCGAUAAUGCAUUUAGGAUAUGCAUAUUUUACAUAUAUACAAAACAUCAGGUUCUUUGUUCAUGAGUAAAACUGCAUGUUUAUACUGUAUUAUUGUGUAAUAAUAUGUAACUUAGUCAUGUUUUCUUUGAAAUUGAAUUUUUUCUUAUUUCAUAUAGAAAAAAUUAACAAGACAGUAGUAAUGAGGUAAUUGUGUGUCAAAUUGUAUUGGCUUCAUAAACCAUUAUUAAUCUUACAAACUAAAGUUAUUUUGUUGCAAGUAAUUUGUCUGAAAAAGUCACUCAGGUUUAACCUGGAAAACUAUUUACUUUGGUAAUUUUUAUACUACUUGUGGACAAGAAAGAUGAUGGUAUGGGCUGUUUCUUAUCAAGAUGACUAUAUUUUUUCAUUAAUAAUAAUCAUCCCAUUUGUUACACCUAAUGUCAAAUAAAUAAAGUUUUUGUUGAUUACUUCUAUAGCUUAAUUGAAAUACACUGACUUCUACAAAUCCUGAAAUUUCUUUCUUAACUAGGCUUGAAAUUAUAGAUUUAAUAGGGAAUAUUUCAACUUCUCUAUUCAAUAUUUUCAGUAUGAGCAGCUAAAAAUUUUACUGGAAUUCUUCAAAAAUAACUUUUACCUUUUGGUUUAGAAGUCAUUAAUAAAAAGUUCUUUAUUUGCAAGGUAUGUGUUAAAUAUGCCAGUAUUUUUUUCUUUUUUUUUAGUUGCAGUUAUGUAACAAACCAGUUUCUGUAAUCUUGUAAUAAAACUGACUAAGUUAAAGCAGUUGAGAGUAAAAAUUAUUUUUGUAGAGUGUUUAGUAAAUCCUUUAGAAAUGUUUUAAUAUUUUUAGACGGCUGUGAUUAAAAUUGGUAGUUCUUCACUUUAUCUUUUAUUGUAUGAUAAAUGGCUAUCUUAUUCAUAGGGGUGUUGCUGUCUGUUACUUUAAACAUAUGAAAUAUACUGUGACAAGUCA